AUGGGUCUCCUCUUAGUCGACGUUGCGCGAGACUUGAUCGAGGACAGAUUCGCGAUGGACGCAACUGCGGCCGAACGGCUUUUACACGAGUACAGCACGAAGUUUUGUCCGGCGACUACUUCUAGCACGACCCCUUUGGAUGUUGUUGCGAAGACGGGAAGUCAGACCAAGAUGGACGAUGCAAUGAACCCAUCUUCGUCCGGGGCCAUAAUCCCUGCCACACGAGAUGUUUUAGCAGGUGCAGACGAAGUAAGGGCUGCCGGGAUCAGCAAGUUGGCGGUGAAAAAUUUUAUCAAGGGACACGAAAUGCAGUUCUAUCUGCCUCUGGAGGCGCUCGUCGAAAAUGAGGCAGAGGAAAGGAGGAGCGAGGAGAACAACCUGCUACAACGACCAGAACUACAUGACCGAGAGAACAAUCUUUCAACGGAUGCAGCACUACGGCGGGCCGCUAGAAGUUCUAGUACUACAGCUUCUCCAGAACGACCUCCCACUUGUCCUCCAGCACCUGGACUCGACAAUUUGUUAGUUCCUGUUGAGUUCGCUCGACAUUUGCUUCACUACUUGCACGAUCUCCGUCACACCGACGACGUCGUUUGCGCCGUCCUGCAGUUGCUGGAUCGCGUUCUGUGUCGACACAGCACCACUUUUCGCAAAGCUCUCGGCUUGGUCUUAAAUCAGCAUAUCAUGGUAGCGCGAGAAGAUUGCGUCAUCCACCCAGUUUCAUCUACUACUACAGCAGCCAUGAUCCCGAGCGAUAGAACAAUAACAAUAAAUGGGAACAAAAGUAGUUGGGGAAAAAUGGACGGUCUCAACCUGCUAGCAGAACUAGGUACGCGACAACACCCUCUGAUCCACACGCAUGCAGUGCGGAUACUGACACUGUGGGUGCAGGAUACCACAGGCAGUUCCCUGCUUUUGGCGCAUGACUGCGAAAAGUUGCGUGGAGGUGGACACUCUGGCACUUCUUCUAGUACGUCGAGCUCCAAGGGUAGAUCGGGGCAGCAUCUGUACACGCUAACGGACCGACACGCGGCUCUGCGACCACUCGUUCUGCACAUUGCGCGGCAAACAGAGCAGACAGAAGCCGGGUGUCGCUUCUUGGUCGCCUUGUUUUAAGGGUAGUUUUUAAUCACUCUCCCAUGUGGACUAAUAUGCUGCGCGGAGUCCUCCUUGAUUUAAUACACGGGAAAAUUAUACGGGGGAAAGAGGGCAACACACUCGACUCGGGAUAGUGAAGAACUACCUUCAAUUGUUGCGGAUUAACGCGAUGCCGACAGGCACAGGCCCAGGCGCAUCUACUUUUCCAGGAGGACGAGCACGAGGCGAUGUGCAAGACUCUUCAAAUCAGGUUUCAUUUACCGAACAGGCGUGCCGCGAGGAGUACCAGUUGUUACUGCAAAACGGCAUGCGUGCGCUAGAACAGCGCGACUUCGGCAAGCUGAGCGCGCUUUUCGAGCUCGGCCUCUCUCUCGACGACGCCUCAUUGAGACAGCGGCUGCAGCGUGAGGCGGCUGUAAGGCAGCUGCUGCACGAGUCCAGUGUAGCGAAACGAGAGCAAGCAGUAGCAAGGGACCGAAUGCGCAAGUUAGGAAACCAAAAAAUGAUUGGCGUCGUCGACGAUUUCGUGGCUGAGGCAGCAGGCGAUUUCGCGGACGGCCGCCUUCGUGACCGAGGAAGUCCUGAGUUCUUGGCAGAGAAGGCAUCUUUCGGUUUCGGCGGAACGUUUGAGGAACGGAUGCACAAAUUCUCAGCGCCACUGACUCGCUCGUCUCGCAGUGGCGGGACUACAUCAAAAGGGCGUGCUAUUAUUCACACAGGAGGUGGGUCGAAAGAAACGAGUACUACGGCGCGAACCACCGAGCUUGGUCACGACCAGUCGCUCGGAGCUUCUCUUGCAGAGUCGAGAUACAGAACUGCCGACGAAAGCAGCAAAGAAACAGCACUGUCGUUGCUCGCGUCAGGAGGAGUCUAUGACCACUCGGACCAUGAGCAAAAGCAAUUUCUACAAGGAGUGGCUGCAGCAGGUCCCUCGGGAUCAUCUGCGGCUCCUAGAUCUUCCGCUGAUGCCGUUACUGCCGCUGCGUCGAGAAACAUAAGUGAAGAAGAAAAUGUCCUUGAUGAGGAUGAUCCAUUGUCUUAUCGCCUCUUGGAUUUGCGGAGUGAUGAAGGCUUCCACCUUGGGUCCGCGAUGGCUACUUCGGCCCCCUAUUCGGUCGUACCAGCUCACAUGCGCGAAAUAUUCUACAGUCACGUCUAUUUGAGCAUGCUCAGCCAGCAGAACGGACCUCGACUUAUACACGAUCGCAACCUCCAGAAAUUCUACGUUCUUCUCAACUCACCAGAGUGUGUUGCCUUUCUCAUCGAGACCCUGCUAGGACUCAGCGGACCGAAAGAUGCAUUGACGAAUGGACUUUCAAAUGUAGGGGAAAAAUAUUGUGAACAAUUUACCAUAGAACAACGAGCACGUCGUAAGUUGUAAGAAGUUGUAGUACUACAACUAGUACUUCUUUUUAAUUUGAUGAAAUGUACUCGUACAACUCCUAGUGCUCAUGUAACAUACUUCUCAUUUUUCUCAUACCCUUCUUGAAGAUUUUGGGAAGAAGACGUAUGCUCGUCCUCCAGGAUGAUAUUAAGCUCAAGAAUGAUUGCUCUUCCAGACCCAGGAGAAAAUUCAGAUGAUUGAACUUGACGUCCUAAUCUAAUCUCCGCCACAGAAUGGUCUCAGCAGACGACGCAUAUGGACGUCCUUGCUUGCUGGCGGUUGCUGCGGCGUCUGUCUACGACCGACGACUUGGAGCGCGAGGUGGGGGACGGUUUUCUCAAUGCUGCACGAAAGGUAGAGCAACUGCGUACAGAGCCCCGUGUCUCUCCUGCUGAACUCGCGCAGCGUGAGCGGGAACUGGGAGUCUGUCGCACAGAGAGAGACAUCGCAGCUCAGCAGAUUUUGGUCAAGAAUGAAGCAUUGCAACAAGCUAACGCAACGCUAGAGACCUGUGUGCGGCAGCUGCAACAGCAACAAGAAACGCUGAUGGAAUUGCGCGAGACACGCUCGUCGCUAGAGGCCGCGGAGGAACGCCUAUCCGCUUCAGCCGCAGAGAACGCGCGCGUUCUGCAGGAGUCGCUUGACAAAGAUGCGUUACUAGCGCAUUUUGAGCAGCAAGCCGCGCAGAUGGCUGCGGACGGACAGCACAGACUGGGCCAGGCCGUAGACAGUCAGACGGAUCUGUAUCGUACUGUCCGUGACCUCGAAAUGAGACUACAGCAAGCGCAAGAGGACAACCGGCAGGUGAACGCGCAGAACGACACGCUGAGACGGGAAAACGAGCUCUUAUCCGAAGCAAAUGCGCGCAUUGGCACACAACUGAAGCUACUGGAAAUGAAGGAUAGAGAAAGGGAGGCGGAGAAAUUAAACAUACUGAAGCUACUGGAAAUGAAGGAUAGAGAAAGUUAAGGCUCAACUUUCAGUGGUCAUCGAGGUUAGUCAUAGUCACUGAGAUCGAAGAGCAGAAGACCCCAGGAGAGAACAGGGGAAAAUGAAGGGAAAACAAAGUAGGGAGAGGCAACAUGGCUCGUUUUUCUUUCAGAAUCAGAAGUGACCACUGAAUGCUGACCUUCAAGAAAGGGAGGCGGAGAAAUUAAACAAGGGCCGUCAAGAACGAGAUGGAGGACACCUGGACGCGAGGGGCGAACAAGGUAACUCAACCUCUGGUGUCAUGGCCAAAUCGGGGGUUCCCUAUGAUAGUGGUGCAGCUACAAUUGCAGCAAGUGAAGACAUCAACCGAAACAAGUAUAAUGACAACUUCACUACGUUGCGCGCACCUCCAAAACAAGUCGUAAACAACAGGGGUAGUACUUUUAGUAGAGGAAAUGCAACAAAUCCACUCAGUCAAGUAGAACAUGUUGUGGGAGAUACAAAUACAACAUCAAGACAGCUUGACACGACGAUGCGAACGGCAGAAAUGAUGGGGGACCUUUUCAGGACGUCCUUAGCUGUCCCAGCAGGACGGACGCUUGACCCAGAACUGGCUGCAAUCGAUAGUCGCUACAAUCAACAUCUAGUGUUCGGCAAAGAAGGAUCAUCAGCCAGCGUCAUACCUGCACCUCCGCCAAAACCAAGAACGCUCAAAAGUCUCGAUUACCUGAUUCCUGAAGCAGGAAUGGAUCUAAGUGGAACUAAAGGACCUAUCACAGCGUCUGCUGUUGUAAAUCCUCUACUACAAAACUCGUCCUCAGGAGGUCCUCGUGGGUUUGAUUUUGGAAGGAGAAGGGGAGAAGGAGAACGUGAAAAAUCGCGGACACCUUCGCGGAAUCUACAACCUUCCAACAGAGGAGGUGUUGGAGCACAUGGUCAAGAGCCUAGGAGCAAGGCAUCUUCCACUCACCUGUUAUCGUCUUCGCGAUCGAGAUCACCGCCAAAAACGGGUCGGCCCAUGGAGGUAGUUUCAAAUAGGCAAGCAAACGCAAAUAGGAUCCGGACUCAAGCAGCAGCCGGACGAGGGCGCAUCGGCUCGCGCACACGGUCACCACUGAAAAACUACGACUCGUUUGCGCCGUCUGCGACCCGCGACAACGGUAAUAGGAGCAGAUCAAAUUCUCCGGAGAAAUCUGCACGUGGACUCAGAGCGCCGACGCUUUCCAGUACGCUGAAGCGUGCAGGCGUGCUCAGCGUGCCUGGCACAACUAGAAGUACUGGAGACCACGAAAAGAAGGCUUGGAAUUACGCAGCUGGCGGGUCACGACCGCGUUCCCCAGACAAAGGUGCGCUGUUUUCCACACCGUCUGCUUUUUCGGCGCAAGUACGAGCAGACCCUCGCCACGCUAGGGCGAAGAAUAGGCUUCGGAGUGUGUCAUUUUCACCACCGAAACGCGUAAGCCCGAUCAAAAAAGCUGCACAGAAGCCAGCGCUCAAGAGGUCUCAUCCUGAUCAUCCUCAGCAAAACAAAUUUGCUUUUCCUACCGGUGCAAGCGCUUACCGCAGAUACCAGCGAGAGGAUACAGUUUUUGAUGAAAAACCUGAAAGUCCUCCACAUGAUCCCUCUAAAACUAUCGACUUCGAUGACGCCAUAUACAAGCGAGCGGGCGACAUGAAAUGGUUGGAGGACAAACGAAGGCAUCUUCGUUGGGGAUCUUGA